AUCGCAGCCGACAUGACGGCAACAGAUCUUCUGCCGAGACCAGGCCCCGGCGGAAGAAGUGGCACGCAGGUCCUGACAGAUUACCAUGGAACACAUUAUUUACCUCGUUUCGCUAAGAAAUCAUUUAUAACAUUUUAAAACAACAAAUUAAUUAUUAGUAUAAUAACCACAGGAGAAAUAAAAAUUUGGAAACACUUAUCUAGAGAAACAGAGACAAUUAAAUAACUUAUAGCUUUCAGGACCUAUUUGACUGACUCGGAGACUACCAGUUCCGAAACACCUUGAGGCCUCGAAGUCCUAACUCCCGGCGUGCCGCGCGGCAGGAAGUGGGAGAAGGUACAAUGGGAAGUGUAGUUUGGAGUGAGGGGGCGGGGCGCGGAGGGCCGGCCUCUCUCGACCCCGCCCCUGAAUAGAUGGUUCAUUCAAUUGGCUAUCAUCUUCCCUCAUUCCCUAGCCAAGCGCUGUUCUCUCCGUCCCCCUCCCCCAAACUGAGGAUAGGGCAAUACCAUACAUCCUCAGGAAAGAGGGGAAUAGCGAUUCUUACCCCCUAGUGAUAGGUGAGUGGGCGGAGGCUGAGUUUCCCACAAGGGCUACACCUGGGCGCUGGAGACUGAAGAGGAACGUGACCUGGCACAGAAGUUGAUCUCAACAUGCCAUUAGUAAAAAGAAACAUCGAUCCAAGGCACUUGUGCCACACAGCACUGCCUAGAGGCAUUAAGAAUGAACUGGAAUGUGUAACCAAUAUUUCCUUGGCAAAUAUAAUUAGACAACUAAGUAGCCUAAGUAAAUAUGCUGAAGAUAUAUUUGGAGAAUUAUUCAAUGAAGCACACAGUUUUUCCUUCAGAGUUAACUCACUACAAGAACGUGUGGAUCGUUUAUCCGUCAGUGUUACACAGCUUGAUCCUAAAGAAGAAGAAUUGUCUUUGCAAGAUAUAACAAUGAGAAAAGCUUUCCGAAGUUCUACAAUUCAAGAUCAGCAGCUUUUCGACCGCAAGACUUUGCCAAUUCCAUUACAGGAGACAUAUGAUGUUUGUGAACAGCCUCCUCCUCUCAAUAUACUCACUCCUUAUAGAGAUGAUGGUAAAGAAGGUUUGAAGUUUUAUACCAAUCCUUCAUAUUUCUUUGAUCUAUGGAAGGAAAAAAUGUUGCAAGAUACAGAGGAUAAGAGGAAGGAAAAAAGGAAACAGAAGCAGAAAAAUCUAGAUCGUCCUCAUGAACCAGAAAAAGUGCCGAGGGCACCUCAUGACAGACGGAGAGAAUGGCAGAAGCUGGCCCAAGGUCCAGAGCUGGCUGAAGACGACGCUAAUCUCUUACAUAAGCAUAUUGAAGUUGCUAAUGGCCCAGCUUCUCAUUUUGAAACAAGACCUCAGACGUAUGUGGAUCAUAUGGAUGGAUCUUAUUCACUUUCUGCCUUGCCGUUUAGUCAGAUGAGUGAGCUUCUGACUAGAGCUGAGGAAAGGGUCUUAGUCAGACCACAUGAACCACCUCCACCUCCACCAGUGCAUGGAGCAGGAGAUGCGAAACCCAUACCCACGUGUAUCAGUUCUGCUACAGGUUUGAUAGAAAAUCGUCCUCAGUCACCAGCUACAGGCAGAACACCUGUGUUUGUGAGCCCCACCCCCCCACCUCCUCCACCUCCUCUUCCAUCUGCCUUGUCAACUUCUUCACUAAGAGCUUCAAUGACUUCAACUCCUCCCCCACCAGUACCUCCCCCACCUCCACCUCCAAGCACUGCCUUGCAAGCUCCAGCAGUACCACCACCUCCAGCUCCUCUUCAGAUUGCCCCUGGAGUUCUUCACCCAGCUCCUCCUCCAAUUGCACCUCCUUUAGUACAGCCCUCUCCUCCAGUAGCUAGAGCUGCCCCAGUAUGUGAGACUGUACCAGUUCAUCCACUCCCACAAGGUGAAGUUCAGGGGCUACCUCCUCCCCCACCACCUCCUCCUCUACCUCCUCCUGGCAUUCGGCCAUCGUCACCUGUCACAGUUGCAGCUCUUGCUCAUCCUCCCUCUGGGCUGCAUCCAACUCCAUCUACUGCUCCGGGUCCCCAUGUUCCAUUAAUGCCUCCAUCUCCUCCAUCGCAAGUUAUACCUGCUUCUGAGCCAAAGCGUCAUCCAUCAACCCUACCUGUAAUCAGUGAUGCCAGGAGUGUACUUCUGGAAGCAAUACGAAAAGGUAUUCAGCUACGCAAAGUAGAAGAACAGCGUGAACAGGAAGCUAAACACGAACGCAUUGAGAAUGAUGUUGCCACCAUCCUGUCUCGCCGUAUUGCUGUGGAGUAUAGUGAUUCAGAAGAUGAUUCAGAGUUUGACGAAGUAGAUUGGCUGGAGUGAGAAAAAUGCAUCAGCAGAUGUUAUAACACUGAAUGCAGAUGUCCUUUGUGGUGCUCGUUCUCUGGAAAUGUUUGGGCAUUCUAGUGUUUGGCUUUAUUUUCCUUAGGAUAAAUAACCCUUUCCUCCAUGGUUUUUGAUUUCUAAGAAAAAUCCUAGCAUACAUCUCAAACUAAAUGUUUUAUAGUGCUUAUCUUAUUUUUUUCGCCAGAAAAGACAGAAUUUGAUCAAAUAAACCACUAAGUAUUAAGCAUGGGCAGCUGUUGUUAGAGUAGCAGAUUCAGUUUUUCGAUAUAUAUUAAUUGUGCACUUUGUGAAUUUUAAUUUAAAGAAAGCAACUGAGAUUGAAUCUGGAGGGCAGCUGUAUCUGUUAAAGAGCCUUAUUACAUUUCCGUGUGUUUUACAAGAAGAAACACUGCCUUGGCUGUAUGAGUACACUCAGAAAGUACAUUUAGCUUGUAGUGUUGAAUUCUCUUAAAGGAAUGCUUGAAUUUUUGUUUAAUUAUUGUUUUAUUGUUUUUAAAUACUUGCCUUAUUUGAAUGUUUAGCAGUGCCCCCUUCCCACUUAUAUAUUGUGUGGUACGAUUUUGCUUGCCUGUAAGAGUUGAAAAUUUUUCCAUGUGAAAUACUCUGACUUAAACAUACAUGUAAUUUCCAUAACUGUUAAGAAUAACGGUCUGAUUUAAUAAAUGGUUCAUUUUAAAAGUU